GUACAUAGUUUACAGAAGAUCCUGGAAACUCUGUAAAGUCACUCAUAACUUCAAGUUCUAGGGAAAAUCCUGUUCAUUAGUGCUUGGGGAAAAAAACAGAGAGGUCAGCAACAUGAAUGGAGAUCUUUUCCACGAAUCCAGGUACAUUGAAGAGAACACUUCCCAGAAUGAUGCAAUCUCUCUGAUUUUUUCCCUCAAAGAAGAAGUUGGAGCCUUGGCUAAAGUCCUACGCAUAUUUGAGGAAAAGGGGAUAAACCUGACUCACAUUGAAUCUAGACCUUCACGGCUGAACAAAGAUGAAUAUGAAUUUUUCAUUAAUCUGGAGAGCAAGAAUAUUUCUGCCCUUCCAGAUAUCAUCAAGACCUUGAGAGAUGACAUCAGAGCAAAUGUUCAUGAACUUUCACGUGAAAAGAGGAAAGAUGCAGUACCAUGGUUCCCAAGAACUAUUCAAGAAUUGGACAGAUUUGCCAAUCAGAUCCUCAGCUAUGGAGCAGAACUGGAUGCUGACCAUCCUGGUUUCAAAGAUCCAAUUUACCGAGCCAGAAGAAAAGAAUUUGCAGACAUAGCAUACAACUACAGGCAUGGGCAACCUAUACCCAGAGUGACUUAUACUGAGGAAGAGAAGAAGACAUGGGGGAUAGUCUUUAGGGAACUAAAGACUCUCUAUCCUACACAUGCUUGCUAUGAACACAAUCAUGUGUUUCCACUCCUGGAACAAUACUGUGGCUACCAAGAGGAUAACAUUCCCCAGCUUGAAGAUGUCUCAAACUUUUUGAAAAGCUGCACCGGGUUUCGCUUACGGCCAGUGGCUGGUCUUCUUUCGUCUCGAGAUUUUUUGGCUGGCUUGGCUUUUAGAGUAUUUCACUCUACACAAUACAUUCGCCAUUCGUCAAAACCAAUGUAUACACCUGAACCUGAUGUUUGCCAUGAACUCCUAGGACAUGUCCCCCUAUUUGCUGACCCCAGUUUUGCUCAGUUUUCUCAAGAAAUUGGAUUAGCUUCUCUAGGAGCUCCAGAUGAUUAUAUUGAGAAACUUGCAACGGUUUACUGGUUUACUGUGGAAUUUGGCCUCUGUAAAGAAGGCAAUGCAAUUAAGGCCUAUGGUGCUGGACUGUUGUCAUCAUUUGGUGAACUGCAAUACUCUCUGUCAGAUAAACCUGUCACUGAACCUCUCAUCUUGGAAAAGACUGCAAUCCAGAAAUAUCCAGUUACUGAAUUCCAGCCUAUUUACUAUGUGGCUGAAAGUUUUGAAGAUGCAAAACAAAAGUUAAGAAAAUAUGCCUCAACAAUUUCACGGCCAUUUUCAGUCCGCUACAAUCCGUAUACUGAAAGAAUUGAAGUUUUGGACAACAUUAAGCAAUUAAAGAAUUUAGCAGAUGCCAUUGGCAAUGAAAUGGAACUUCUUUGCAAUGCUCUCCAGAAGAUAAAGUAAAAGAGAUACAUCUGGGCUCGUCUUGUUGGCUCUGAAAGCCGUAUAGCAAAAGGGAUACCUUGUAACAAACGAGAGACAUUUCUUUAACGAAAUCAGUUUGCCCAUAAUUAACAUAUAGUGAGGAAAUGUAACAAAUAUCUAAUAUCUAAUAUUUUUAUAUAUCUAUAGGUAAAUCCCUGUCCUCAGAUUUUGAUAUGAUCAUAUAAAUGUCUACAAAAUUAAUAUAAAUAACUUUUCAGGUAGGAGCUAGGCCUUUCAAACAUGAUUUCUAUAUUAUUGUAUUUAUAUUGUUGUUACAGUAAUAUGUGGUAUAAACAAAUGCAACUUAUAUAAUUGAAAAAGCAAAAUGUAGGAAGAUAGUAGAAAAGAUAAGCAUACUCAAUUCAUCUUUUAUUCAAGAGCUAUUCUUUUCUGAAGUGCAUUUAAUCAACUUAACACCAGCUUUUAUUCUUUCCAACCUAAUAUAAUGUUGGAAAUAAAUCAUGUGAAGUGGGUCAAGACUCUGUCAACAGGACAACUCUCUGAAAAUUGUAUGGAAUGGGACCAAAUUUGGUGUAGGAGAAGAGUUGGCAAAAGAAAGAA